GUCGUGGCGCUGCGGGCGCCGGCGGCUCCUCCUGGCCGCAGAAUGAAGCGUCUCUGUCGGCGGCUGGCGGUGGCCGUGGCGCUGCUGGUGUGGCUCGGAGCGCUCGUUUACCUGCUGGUGCUGAGCCGGAGGAGGCUGCCGGAGUCCGGCACCGGCACCGGGGCGGGCGGAGGAGCCGCACCGGGGGAGACGCCGUUCAGUCAGAUCUCUGAUGCGGAGUGGGAAGACCUUUUGGAGGGGUUUGAUGAGAGGAGUUACCUGACCGCGCGGCGCUGGAGGCCCGGUGACGACCCGUACACGUUGUAUGCAUUCAACCAGAGAGAGAGUGAACGGAUCCCGAGCAACAGAGCGCUGAGGGACACGCGGCACGACAGAUGCACCGCUCUGCACUACGACUCCAAUCUUCCUCCGACGUCCAUUAUCAUCACGUUCCACAAUGAGGCCAGGUCCACUCUGCUUCGCACCAUCAGGAGCGUUUUAAACAGAACUCCGGUUCAUCUCAUCCAUGAGAUCAUCCUGGUGGACGACUUCAGCGAUGACGAGAGCGACUGUCAGCUCCUCACCAAACUUCCAAAAGUCAAAUGUCUGCGCAACCAAAAGAGAGAAGGUCUGAUCCGGUCCAGAGUCCGAGGGGCCGACGCCUCCAGGGCCGGCGUGCUGACCUUCCUGGACAGUCACUGUGAGGUCAACAAGGACUGGCUGCCCCCCCUCCUGCAGAGAAUCAAACAGGACUCCACCCGUGUGGUCAGCCCCGUCAUCGACAUCAUCAACAUGGACACCUUCGCCUACGUGGCGGCCUCGGCGGAUCUCCGUGGAGGGUUUGAUUGGAGUCUUCAUUUUAAGUGGGAGCAGCUUUCACCGGAGCAGAGAGCUCGCCGGGCCGACCUGACCCAGCCCAUCAGGACACCCAUCAUCGCAGGCGGCCUCUUUGUGAUUGACAGGUCCUGGUUCAAUCACCUUGGAAAAUAUGACACAGCCAUGGACAUCUGGGGCGGAGAGAACUUUGAGAUCUCGUUCCGUGUUUGGCAGUGUGGCGGCAGUCUGGAGAUCCUGCCCUGCAGCAGAGUGGGUCACGUCUUCAGGAAGAAACAUCCGUACGUGUUUCCUGAAGGCAACGCCAACACCUACAUCAAAAACACGCGGCGUACGGCUGAGGUGUGGAUGGACGACUUUCGCCUCUUCUACUACUCGGCUCGCCCCGCAGCGCGUGGGAAGUCAUACGGGGAUAUCCGAAGCAGAAUUGAACUCCGCAAGAAGCUCAAGUGCAAAUCCUUCAAGUGGUACUUGGACAACAUCUACCCAGAGCUCAAGGUUCCAGAUGACUCCGACUCUCAGUCCGGUGUGAUCCGUCAGCGGCAGAACUGUCUGGAGUCACACAGGCUGGAGGGUCAGGACCUGCCCGUCCUCACUAUGGGACCCUGCAAAGGCUCCGAGGGGGGUCUGGCUGUCAAUCAGGAGUGGCUCUACACUCACGGCCAGCAGAUCCGCCAGCAGCAGCACUGCCUGUCGCUCUCCACCACCUUCCCUGCCUCCCAGGUCCUCCUGCUGCCCUGCAACAUGGCCGACAGCAAGCAGCGAUGGCAGAAGUCUGGGACCCACCUGGAGCAUCUGGCCUCUCGGUUCUGCCUGGACUCAGAGAUGGCUCUGGAUGGGAUGGACUCUUCCCGAAUGCUGGUCAUCAGCCCUUGUGAACUGAGCGCCUACACACAGAGAUGGGACGUGCCCUUCUCUUGACCCCUGGCCCUGUGACCUUUGGUUGAAGGCGCUGCACUGAGGUGGUCCUCUAACAGAAAGCUAACCGUCGUGUUGCAUUGAAUCCACGUUGGAUGGAGAAACUAAGUGCACCUUAAAUCCAGACUGGUCCAGGACUCAAACUGUUCUGUGGCAGUGGUAUCUGACUGUGUGUCUCGUCAUGUCUUUAGCAGGUUUUUGGACUGUUGAGAAGAAUCCAGGAUCUAAACCAAGCACAGCUCCAGUGUGUAGUUACUCGAUGAUGGCCGUUUUGUAUCAGAGGACCUCAGAUUUCACAUCUAUUCUUCUAGAGACUUGAACAAAGAUUCUGAGACUCAGAUUAUUUAUUUUGUAUACUGAAAUGGAAGCGCCGUGUCAGGUCUGGAUCUCCAGCGGGGUUAGAUCCAUACCUGACACGGAACGGACGCUGAAUGUCAGAAUGUGGUGGAACAUGGUGGACUAAAUUCCUCUGAGUGUUUGAGUCUUUGUUUCUUAACAGUUUUUCUGACUGACAUGUUAUUGUUCGACUUGAUUUCCUGUUUAUGCAGGAAGGUCAGUCACAGCGGCGCCAUCACUGGACAAGUACAGUCAGAUGCGAGAUCAUUAGCAGUGGCACCUGUGGGUCACAAUCCAGAACCCUGAAUAAUUAAUACAACAAAUAUGCAAAGUCUGAGUCUGAAGUCAGGUUGCUAAUUAAUUGGACAGUGACAG